AUGGCGAAGGCAGAUCAGCGUUUCGGCCAGCGGGACGGCUCCGACCAGAACUUUGAUUACAUGUUCAAGCUGCUGAUCAUUGGCAACAGCAGCGUUGGGAAGACGUCCUUCCUGUUCCGCUACGCCGACGACUCCUUCAGCAACUCCUUCGUCAGCACCGUGGGCAUCGACUUCAAGGUGAAGACGGUGUAUCGCAACGACAAGAGGAUCAAGCUGCAGAUCUGGGACACGGCCGGCCAGGAGAGAUACCGCACCAUCACCACGGCGUACUACCGCGGCGCCAUGGGCUUCAUCCUCAUGUAUGACAUCACCAACGAAGACUCGUUCAACGCCGUCCAGGACUGGGCCACUCAGAUCAAGACGUACUCCUGGGAUAACGCCCAGGUGAUCAUGGUGGGCAACAAGUGUGACAUGGACGAGGAGCGGGUCGUGCCCCCGGAGAAAGGAAGACAUCUCUCCGAACAGUUGGGCUUCGAGUACUUCGAGACGAGUGCGAAGGAGAACAUCAACGUGCGGCAGGUGUUCGAGCGCCUGGUGGACAUCAUCUGCGUGAAGAUGUCGGAGCGCGUGGACGGAGAUGCAGACAUCAUCAAAUCACCCAGUGACCCAAAGAAAUACAGGUACAUCCAGCUGACCAACGGCCUCCGAGCUCUCCUCAUCUCAGACUUCAGUGGCUCCGACUCGAAGGGCUGUGGUGACAACGGAGAGGACAAGGCUGAAACUGAGGCCCGGGGCGAGGAGGAAGAGGAAGAUGAAGGGGAUUCCGGUGAGGGGUCAGAGGAGGACGAGGAGGAGGACGAAGAGGCGGAGCAGGACAGCGACUUCGAGGAGCUGGACGAGGAGAACCCAGGGAAGAAGAGAGGGAGCUCUGAGAAACAGGCUGCAGCUGCUCUGUGCAUCGGUGUGGGGAGCUUCAGCGACCCGGAGGACCUGCCCGGCCUCGCCCACUUCCUGGAACACAUGGUGUUUAUGGGCAGUGAGAAGUAUCCAGCAGAGAACGGCUUCGACGCCUUCUUGAAGAAGCACGGCGGAAGUGACAACGCCUCCACCGACUGUGAGAGAACCAUCUUCCAGUUCGAUGUGCAGAGGAAGUAUUUCAGAGAGGCGCUGGACCGGUGGGCUCAGUUCUUCAUCUGUCCUCUGAUGAUCGAGGACGCCAUCGACAGAGAGGUGGAGGCUGUGGACAGUGAGUACCAGCUGGCGAGGCCGUCAGACUCACAUCGGAAGGAGAUGCUGUUCGGGAGCCUCGCUAAACCUGGACACCCUAUGAGCAAGUUCUGCUGGGGUAACGCUCAGACAUUAAAAGAUGAGCCCAGAGAGAAACAGAUCAACACGUACCAGCGGCUCCGAGACUUCUGGAGGAGACAUUACUCUGCUCACUACAUGACGCUCACCGUUCAGUCCAAAGAGACUCUGGACACUCUGGAGCAGUGGGUGAGGGAGAUCUUCCUUAAAGUUCCCAACAAUUGUGAACCUCGACCGGACUUCUCUCACCUGCAGCAGCCGUUUGACACACCGGCCUUCAACAAGCUCUACAGAGUGAUCCCUGUGAGGAAGGUUCAUGCUCUGACCAUCAGCUGGGCCGUCCCUCCACAGGGAAAACACUACAGAGUGAAGCCGCUGCAUUACAUCUCCUGGCUCAUCGGACAUGAAGGAACCGGGAGCAUCUUGUCUCUGCUCAGGAAGAAGUGCUGGGCUCUGGCUCUGUUUGGAGGAAACAGUGAGACGGGCUUUGAUCAAAACACCACCUACUCCAUCUUCUCCAUCUCUAUCACCCUCACCGACCAGGGCUACCAGAACUUCUACCAGGUGGUGGAUUUUGUGUUCCAGUAUCUGAAGAUGCUCCAGACUCUGGGCCCCCAGCAGAGGAUCUAUGAGGAAAUUCAGAAGAUAGAAGCCAAUGAGUUCCACUAUCAGGAGCAGACGGAUCCCAUCGAGUUUGUGGAGAACAUCUGUGAGAACAUGCAGCUGUUUCCCAAAGACGACUUCCUGACCGGGGACCAGCUCAUGUUUGAGUUCGACCCUCAGGUGAUCAGUGCUGCUCUGUCCCUGCUGACUCCAGACAGAGCGAACCUGCUGCUGCUGUCACCAGAAAACGAAGGUCGCUGUUCACUCAGAGAGAAAUGGUUUGGUACCUGCUACAGCAUGGAGGAGAUCCCAGAGACGUGGGCUCAGCGCUGGGCGGGAGACUUUGACCUCAACCCUGAACUCCACCUUCCUGCUGAGAACAAGUUCAUCGCAACGGAUUUCGCCCUGAAAACGUUUGAUUGUGCGGACACGGAGUUUCCCGUCAGGAUCGUGAACAACGAGCGCGGCUGUCUGUGGUACAAGAAGGACAACAAGUUCAAGAUCCCCAAAGCUUAUAUUCGUUUCAACUUGAUCUCCCCGGUGAUACAGAGGAGCCCAGAGAAUCUUGUUCUGUUCGACAUCUUCGUCAACAUCCUGGCUCACAACCUGGCGGAGCCGGCGUAUGAGGCGGACGUGGCGCAGCUCGAGUACAAGCUGGUGGCCAGCGAGCACGGACUGGUGAUCCGGCUGAAAGGCUUCAACCACAAGCUGCCGCUGCUGUUGACGCUGAUCGUGGAUCACCUGGCGGACUUCAGCGCCGAGCCGGGCAUCUUCACCAUGUUCUCAGAGCAGCUGAAGAAAACCUACUUCAACAUCCUCAUCAAACCGGAGCGACUCGGGAAAGACGUCCGUCUGAUGAUCCUGGAGCACUGUCGCUGGUCAGUCAUUCAGAAGUAUCAGGCCGUGGUCAAAGGUCUGACCGUGGACGACCUCAUGGCGUUUGUCAGGGGGCUGAAGGCGGAGCUCUACACUGAGGGGCUGGUGCAGGGAAACUUCACCAGCACGGAGUCCAGGGGGUUUCUGCAGUACUUCACCCAGAAGCUGCAGUACCAGCCUCUGUCUGCAGAGGUCCCCGUGCUGUUCCGGGUGGUGGAGCUGCCUCAGAAAAAUCAUCUCUGUAAAGUCAAAUCUCUCAAUAAGGGAGACGCAAACUCUGAGGUCACUGUCUACUACCAGUCGGGGCUGAAGAACCUCAGAGAGCACGCCCUCAUGGAGCUGAUGGUGAUGCACAUGGAGGAGCCCUGCUUCGACUUCCUCAGGACGAAGGAGACACUGGGGUACCAGGUGUACCCGACCUGCAGGAACACCUCAGGAGUGCUGGGCUUCUCCGUCACCGUGGAAACACAGGCCACCAAGUUUAGCACCGAGUUUGUCGAGGCGAAGAUCCAAGAGUUCCUGGUCAGUUUCGGGGAACGCCUGGCGAGUCUGAGCGAGGAGGCCUUCAGGACCCAGGUGACGGCUCUCAUCAAGCUGAAGGAGUGCGAGGACGCUCACCUGGGGGAGGAAGUGGACCGCAACUGGUUUGAGGUGGUCACCCAGCAGUACGUCUUCGACCGGCUCAACAAGGAGAUCCAGGUUCUGAAGCACUUCACUCAGGAGGAGCUGGUCUCCUGGUUCCUGGAGCACAGAAACACCAGCAGCAGGAAGCUCAGUGUACAUGUGGUGGGCUUCGGGGUCGAGGAGAACGACCCCACGGAUCAGAGCGUCGCCUGCGGCUCAGACGGCUCUGACAACCCCCCCACCUCGUCCUACGGCGAGGUCAGCGAGCUGACCUUCCUGUCGGCCUCCUCGCCAUCACUCCAGGACGCCACGCUCAUCAGCGACAUCAGAGCGUUCACUUCCUCCCUCCCCCUGCACCCCUACCACAAAAUCCUCAGCUAGGCCACUCCCACUGCAGAGCGCCAACAAACUCCACUAAAGACUGACACAGUAACCAUGGCGACGACUAGCACUCGUAAUCACACUGUUCAAAGAGGUCGAGUUUAGGACACAAACCGAGAAACGUUUCAGAAAUGUUAGUUAUUUUCUUUAUGUGAUAACGCUGUGUUCAUGUCCUGAAGGAAAAUGUAAAUCUGAGCUUCUUAUUGAUAAAUCAUCAUCGGCUGUAAAUAAAAAUGGACGACGCUUCUCCACCCACUUCAGAAAAGAAGCGAAAAUAUCUCAGAUGCAAACGCUGCCAUCUUGUGGUGGUGACGUCAUUUACAGUCAGAGUGUAAUCCGACCUAAUCCUCAAACAACAAAUUCAAUCUGUUAACAUGGAGGUUUAUUACCUUUACUGCAGCCAGCCACCAGGGGGCGAAAGAGAUGCUUCAUCAUGUCGUCCAUCUUUAGUUACAGUCUGUGGUUCAGACCUCAGUGUAAAAAUGAUUGAACUUUGACCUUAAACCCAAAUUAAACCAAGUCUGUGACAAACACUUAUUUUUAUUAUUAUUAUUAUUUAUAAUAAUUUGUGGAAACUUUUAAUUGAAGCAUACGUCACAGUUGAACAAAGAUUUAUGAUCAAAAUGAUAAUAAACACAGAAAUCAAUAAGUCUUCUCACUGAAGAAGCUGGAACCAGAGUUAUUAAAAUAUUGAAACAUUUAUACGGAGGUGAUUCACGGUUCCUCCUGAUUGCUCUGUGAAAUGAGAUUUUCCCAGGUGCAGUGAACGCAGCACGAUGAUCCCACUGUAAUAUUCUGUUAUUUCGAUGUGUAGAUCUGAACAGAAACUGAUGAACAGCACGAAUCUGUUGUUGAGCCGGACGACGAGUUUGACAAUAAAAUAAUCCGACAUCGUAAUAACAUUUUCAGUUCAAUGGCAUUUAAAAAUAGCUUCUGAUUAUUAAUUCUUUAAAUGAUAAUAAAAAAUCUUCAAGUGUUUGUAAAA